GGCAGUGACAGUGACAAUAUGUACACAAUUAGUAUUUAUACUUUAAAAUACACUGCUCAAGUUUCUAUCAAAUACGCUUUUAAGCGGCGUCCUCAUUGAGUUGACAUUGUCGAUCGACUCUGUCUAUCGACACUGUCGACCGACAAAUCGAAAAAGCUUCGAUGUCCACACCAGGUAGGCAGAAUAUUUGUCGACAGUCGAAACGAAAAUGUGUGACGAAGAUGACGCCAUUAUUGUUUGUGCCGCAUUUGUUAUUAUCACAACUAAAAAACGUAAAUCAUCGCGUAAAAGAAGAUUUUGGGUUCGACCAAGCCUUCAAAGUAGAAAUCGGUAUAGCGGUAGUAACCUGAUGGAAGAUUUGAAAAAGGAUGAUAUCGAUCUAUUGAACCUUGAAUACAGAUGUAACGGAGGUUUCAGAAAUUUUUUUCGAAUGUCGGAAAGUGAAUUUGAAUAUUUGUUGCAAAAAAUCGGGCCAAAAAUUUGUAAGCAAAACACCAAUUGUAGACAUGCCAUUCCAACAAAGGAGCGUCUCGCUGUGACAUUACGAUUUUUAUGUAGUAGAGAUUCGUAUCACUCACUGAUGUAUCUUUUUAAAAUUUCAAAACAAGCAAUUUCUCAAAUUAUUCCGGAAGUCUGCGAUGCCCUUAUUGACACAUUACAAUAUUACAUAAAGAUGCCUAAAACUGAGGCAGAAUGGAAAGCUAUUGCAGAGGACUAUUACAAUCGUUAUAGAGUCGUAUUAGUGUUUUAGGAACCAACUGUAUCUUUAAAAUUGUCUAUUGCAAAAAUGCUUUAGGGGGAAUUUUAAGCCAGAUCUGGUUCUUCAAGCUUUCCUACAUGGGAUUUUUGCUUUUUUAACUUAUAUGGGUAUUUUUUAAAAUUUUUAUUCAAACUUUUUUCUUAUGUUCUUUGUUCUUCAAAAUACUAGAUGCUAAAAUAUUCUAGGACUAUCGGUAACGGUAACACGGUAAAGACGCGUUAGAAAGCAGUUGCUUACAGUGUUUGAGAUCCACAACUUAAACAAACACGUCAAUUAGCUAAACCUAUAACCCUUGGAAAAAAACUUAUGUACCUACGCUUUUUUUAAACGGUUACACUAUUACAUUGUUAAAAUACACUAUUAAACCUAAGUAACUCUUAUCCUGCUCAACGCAUUAUAAAACUGUUAUUCUAUGACGAGAAAUCAGUUCAUAACAAUCAGAUUCAGUUUUACAUAGGUAGCAACUAUUAAGGAAACGAUUUUAAGGAAACAAUAAUUAUUAACAACGUUGAUACAAUAAUAAUAGAUCAUGAUAAUCAUCAUCCAAACUUCUACGUCCAAAGUUAAACAUAGGCCUGCCUACAGCCAAAUCUUAGCAAUUGUUUUGACGUCGUCUGGAAACAAAUAAUAAAACUAUAAAAAUAGAUAAUGAAGCCAAACUAGAUCUAGUCAUACCUUAACCUUAGACAAAGUCCAAGUGAAUCCCAUUUUACGGUUUAAAAAAUAGUAAGCAAAACAAACAUACGUAUUGCAUCGUUGGCAUGAGUAAAAAUAGAAUUUGGAGCAUUAUUGAUAUUGAGAGAAAACAAAAUUGGAUAUUAAAACAAAUACUACUAUAACAGUAUAAAAACAAACAAUUGUCUUGAUUUUUAUUGUGCUUCAUAAUGGAAUUAUUGACAACAGAAUUUUGAUGAACUGAUAAAAUGAAAUGUUACCAAUUAUUAGAAUAUUGUCAUAUGUUAUGGUUCCUAAUCUGACAUUUUUAUAAAGUUAAAUUUUAUUUAAUUAAAUAAACUAUAACAGUACA